ACAUGGAACGCUGCAUAAAAUGCUGCAGGGUAAAUUCACAGAUGACUUAUGUUUGGGGAGGCUCAGCCUUUAUUUUGUUGCUAGGGCCACUCCCCUUAGUAACGCCUCGAAAGUAACUCCUGCCUAAAGUUUCACCCUUCAUUUGAAAUUUCUUUGUAGAACUGUAUUUAGACGCUAAAUCCCCGGCUUGUGUUGUGGUUCUGCUGAAGCGCGUUGUGCUUCCGCUCAGUUCCCUCCCAGCCAGGAAGUCCCGGCCAAUCAUCGCUCCCCUCAUUUGCAUAUUCUUCUCAGGGGACUUUCCAGCCUGGACGCUGCUUUCCAGAACUUCCUAUUUGCAUAUGUUGCCCCGCCUACGCCCGACUACUUUCAGCUUCAAUUUAGCGAAGCGUGAUUGGCCGGCAGGUGUGUAUGGGCGUGUUCCGUGCCCAACCUGAGAAUGAGGAAGCGCUGAGGUGAAAUUGCUGCGCUGAGGGGUCGGGGCUGAGUGUUGUUCUGUUGUACUGGCUCUUGCCAGCUUCCAUCAUGGCACCGGGGGGCACUGCUGGGCAGCUACUGGCGCUCACUCUUUGGCUGGGGCUUCUUACCUGUCCCGCCCAGGGAUUUCGGAUUGUCACUUCGGACUACAACUGCUCCCUGCCGGGUGUCACGUGCUCAGUUCUGAACAGCAAUUGCAUCGACAGUAGUUGGAUCCACCCCCGUCAAUGGACUCCAUCUGCUCCCUCCAACUUAGAAGUUGUUCUUGUGAUAGAAGCUAAUGAGUCGGGGGACCCCGUGCCAGUGCUCAGAAUCAGCUGGACAGUGGCCCCUGAUGCCAGUAUCCUGGGCCUGUUGGGGGCAGAAGUGUCGGUGAUGCAGCGCAGCACUAAUGAGCAUCUGUGUGUCCAACUUCAGUUCGAAAACCAGUUCCCUCAGCAGCUGAUGUCUGACAAUAAGCCAUGGCAGUUUGUCUUCAGCAACUUUAAGGUUGAUCCCGACCAAAUGUAUGAUGUGACUGUCCAGCACCUGCCCAGGCUGGUUAACUCCGACCUUAGGAACAGUAAAGAGAUGUCUAUCAUUGUACCAGGUAAGUCGUGUUUCAGUCUCACUGGGUGCCGAGACAAAAGGAUGAGUAAAACGAAGACUUGUUGCCAGCACGGAGACUGCUGGGAUCCCAACAUUAGUGCGGAGAGCGACGGCGACGACCUCGUUGUGAGUUUCGACACCAGGAGUGACAGUUGCGACUACAGGAUUCUAGUCAAGAACACUUUCAUAGUUUCACUUAGAAGUCCACAAUAUCCUAUAACUUUACAUCCGGUAAGUGCAAAGGAUAAUUGCUCCGAGCGUAUGAAUCAUACCUUCACGGGCCUGGCAGCUGACCCCCUCUGCUGGUAUUUUAUCCAGGUAUGGGCUGUUCUGCCAACCUGUAAGACUGACUGUAUCCGUUAUAAUCACAUGCCGCAAUGUAGCACAACCUCACCCCCCCCGGUGUCCAACAAGCGGUUGCGCUUGUUCUUCAUACCGGCAGCUUUUAUCAUCCUCCUUGCGCCCAUCUUAAUCAUUUGCCUAGAUGAUUCAAAGACAGAAGAUUCUAAGCCAGCUCUGGACCUAACACAUCCGGAUGUCAGAGUAAAGAAGGUUUGGCUGGUGUAUUCUGCAGACAGUCGCCGGUACUUGGACGUGGUAAUCAAGUUUGCAGAUUUCCUGCGGGACGCUUGGGGAAUGGAGGUCGUGCUGGACCGUUGUCAAGUUAAUAACAUCGGACUGGCCGGUGCCGCAACAUGGCUGAACCAUCAGAAGGCUGAGAUCGAGAAAGUGAACGGGACUAUUUUGCUUCUGUGUUCUCGGGGGACACAAGAGAAAUGGCUAGCCAGGCAAAAUUAUGAAGGGAACAAAGUGGUGCUCAGAGAAAACAGGCAUUUAUUUUCCCUUGACCAGGGUGACCUCUUCUCCUGCACCCUCAACUUUAUCAUCCCGGACUUUGAAAUGAAUAUACAAGAGCGUUAUGUGGUGGCUUAUUUCGGUGAUUUGAGCAGCAUUGACAACAUCCCCUCUCUAUUUAAAAUGUGCCCCCAGUACUGCAUCCCGCAAGACCUACAAGAUGUGUUCUUUAGGAUUCAUAGGAUAGAACAGUGCCGUCCUGGAGUUAAGGUCACCGCUCCACAGCAGCAAACCAAAAGUUAUGGCUUCUUGAUGCAAGCCUUGAACAAGUGCAAGGUUUGGCAGGACGAGCAUCCCGAUUGGUUCCAGAAACAGUGUUUGCCCAAUGAUGGAGUGGAAUCUGACCACGAAGAUGAAGAUAUUAGCGAAGGUCUUACGCAGCAGCUUAAACCACUUGUGCACAUUCCCAAUUGUUCAAUCUCUAUGAUGAACCCUGUCAUUGCUAAGCCACUCUCUACCAUGGUAACCGACCCUAUUAUUGCAGAAGGGCUUUCAAGCCUCCUGGUUCAGCCUCACGUGCAUGAAGGGGGCUCAAGUGUGCAAACAUGGCAGCCUAUCCUAAUGGAUGGACAAAUCUGUAGACAGGAUCUCCACUUGAACCCUCCGCAAGAUGACAGCGUAUCUGUUGGAGAACAUUACUCUUCUCCGCUCUCAGACCAGGGUUACCUCUCAUUGGAUCUGCUGAGAGAGGAGCAUAUGAAACUUUUAAUGCAGCUGCCCCAGAGUGACCUCCUAGAGAUUCCAGAGGAGGAAGACUACUUGAGGCUGGAGCAAGUGAAGCAUUCUGAGCAGCCAGACCAGGGAUACAUCACCUGGGACUCAAUGAGUAGUCUGGACAGGGAAUCUUUGAUGGCAGCCCAAGUUAAACUGCUGCAGCAGAGUGGAGUCUUGGAAUGAUGCAGUCAAGUGAGGCCACGCACUGUUUGUGAUUACAUGUGCACUUGUAUGUGUGUAUAUUAUAUACUCCUAACAUUUUAUUAAGCGUAAACGUAUGAUGAAAGUGGCCUUCCAGAUGCAGCAGGGACGGGAUUGGUAAAAGAGAUUUGCCACACUUUAAACAACUGUUGCUAGACCACAUAUCCCAAAAAUGCUUUUAAGAAUACAACCGCUUUUUAAGAAUACGGUUGUAUCCUUAAAACGAUAUUGCUCAAUUAAAUCUUUCCAACCUUGUCCACCCCUGUUACAUAAAUCAUGGAUAUCCUCAGCUUGCUUCCCCUUCCACUCCCUUUAUUAUGCCUAGGUAACUUGUCCUCAAACCAGCCGAGCCUCUCCUCAAAGCGGCUGUAGGGCUUCCAUGAGAAACACACGAGUCCUGUUCCAAAAUUUAACGCCACUUUAAUCAAUGACAAUAGAUUACAAUCACUUAAUAGGAGGUAAAUAUAUAUAUAUGAUAACUGUAAAUACAUUUUCUUAGCGACUUCAGAGCUGUACAGUGUAAAUAAAAAUACUUUCUGCCACCCGCUCCAAACUGCUCAUCCUUAAAAUAAACUUCAAAUCUCGCAGAUA